AUGGCGACAAGCGCAUCUGCUUUGCUCUCACCAUCAACCUUCUCCACCGCAAUCUCCCAGAAAAACCCAAACUCCAUCUCAUUCCACGGUCUCCGUCCCCUCCGACUCGGUGGUUCCUCCUCCGCCUUACCCAAGCUAUCCACCUCCGCCGGGAGAAGAUCUUCCUCCGCUGUCGUGAGAGCCGAGCUUAGCCCCUCAGUUGUCAUUAGCCUCAGCACCGGUCUCUCCCUCUUCCUAGGCCGAUUCGUCUUCUUCAACUUCCAGAGAGAGAAUGUGGCGAAACAGGGCUUACCGGAGCAGAACGGGAAAACGCACUUCGAAGCCGGAGAUGAUCGUGCCAAGGAAUACGUCAGCCUCUUGAAAUCGAACGACCCGAUUGGAUUCAACAUUGUCGAUGUUCUUGCUUGGGGCUCUAUUGGACACAUCGUUGCUUACUACAUCUUGGCCACUUCCAGCAAUGGAUACGACCCAAGCUUCUUUGGCUAA